AGCGUCUCCACUCCCCUCCCCACCCCACCCAAUGACCCUCCUUUAUUCCCCCUCUCCCUCCUCCUCCUUCUCUGAUCGUCUCUCUCUUUCUGUCUCUGUCUCUCUUUUAUUCCCUUCCCCUCCCCCCCGCGCUCUGCAAUAUGUCUGGCUCCAUAUUGAGAGCCUCUAUCAGAGCUGUCAGUGCCAGGAGACGGCUGGUCCCCACCAGAGCAGCGCUAAUUUUGACUCCUUUAGCUGUUAAUAAAAUUAAACAGCUGUUACAGGAAAAACCAGAAUAUAUUGGAUUGAAGAUUGGAGUCCGAACCAGAGGAUGCAAUGGUUUGUCUUACACUUUAGAAUACACAAAGGAGAAAAGAGAAUCGGAUGAAGAGGUAGUCCAGGAUGGUGUUCGAAUAUUCAUUGAAAAGAAAGCACAGUUGACACUUUUAGGAACUGAAAUGGACUAUACUGAAAAUAAACUCGCUAGUGAAUUUGUAUUCCACAAUCCUAACAUCAAAGGAACCUGUGGCUGUGGAGAAAGCUUUCAUGUUUAACUGAAACCAACAGUGUAACCUGAACACUAAUGUGGAUGUUACUGUGUUGAGGCACUGAUAAUUCUUUUAGGCCAUUGAGUGUAGCUGAUUUGUUUUCAUGAGUUUUGAAGGAGAAAGAAACCGAAAAUGCAUUUGACGUUUUGGUGCUAUUAGUGCAAAAUUCUCCUUCAGGAGAAAGGUUCGCAAGAGGUUAUGGUGUAAGAUGCAUUUUUUUUUUCUGUUCCAACACGCUAUAAUGAAUAACACCAGGUUUGUGUAACUGAAGUGUUAGAUGGUGAGAUUAAUAAAUUUGUCUGAUUAAGACAGAUGUAACAUCCCUUUUUGCAUCUGAGGAGAAAAAUGUUUCUGCGUUUGUUGUCUUCAAAUCCUCUGUCCUCUUGUUUCUGCUAAUCCAUUUAUGGCCAAUGUAAACUGUGCCAAAAACAGAAUAAAGGGCUUGUUUCAGCCUUUUUAUACUUCAGCUUUCUUAACGCCGGAUACAAAACUUUUAAAAGGCUGAAACUAUCAUAGUUUUUUUUUUAUAGUGAUUUUGCUUUGAUAGCAAGUUAAAAAAUUUGAACGGAAACAGACCCUUUGGUCCAACCAGUCCAUGCUGACCAUGUUCCCGAACUAAACUAGUCCCACCUGCCUGCGCUUGGCCCAUAUUCCUCUAACCUUUAAUUCGUGAACUUAUCCAAAUGUCUUUCAUAAAUUGUAACUGUACUUGCAUCCACCGCUUCCUCUAGCAGUUCAUUCCACAUAUGCACUAAUCUAUUAAUAUUAAAAAAAAAGUUGCCCCUCAUGUCCUUUUUAAAUUAUUCUCCUCUCACCUUUUAAAAUAUGUCCCCUAGUUUUGAACUUCCCCACCUAGGGAAAAGACCCUUGUCAUUCACCUUAUCUAUGCCCGUCAUGGUUUUAUAAACCUCAAAACCUCCUAUGUUCCACUGAUAAAAGUCCCAGCCUUUCUAUUUUAAUAUCUCAAACCCUCCAUUCCUGGCAACAUCCUGGUAAAUGUUUUCUGAACCCUCUUCAGUUUAAAAAUAUCCCUCCUCUAACAGGGUGACCUGAACUGCACACAGUACUCCAAAAGAAGCCUCACCAAUAUCCUGUACACCUUAAUGUGAUAUCCCAACUUCUAUACUCAAAGGUCUGAGCAGUGAAGGCAAGUGUGCUAAACACCUUAACCACCCUUAACCACUACCUGUGAUGCAAGUUUCAAAAAAUUAUGUACCUGAACUCCUGGGUCUCUCUGUUCUACAACACUACCCAGGGCUUUACCGUUAAUUAUAUAAGUCCUGUCCUUGUUUGUAUUACCAAAAUGCAAUACCUCACAUUUAUCCAAAUUAAACUGUCUGCCACUCCUUAGCCCAUUGACCUAAUUGAUCAAACUCUGUUUGUAAUUUUUGAUAACCUUCUUCAUUGUGCACUAUACCAUCAAUUUUGGUGUCAUCUGCAAACUUGCUAACCAUGCCUCCAACAGUCUCAUGCAAACCUUUUAUAUAAAUGACAAACAAAAGUGGACCCUGUACCAAUCCCUGUGGAACACUACUGGUCACAGGUCUCCAGUCCAAAAAACAACCCUACACCACUACCCUCUCCUACUAUUAAAGCAAUUUUUGUAUCCAAUUUGCAAGCUUACCCUGAAUCCCAGGUGAUCUAAUUUUUUUAUUUGUCUAACAUGUAGAACAUUGUCAAAGACUUUACUAAAGUCCAAGCAAACAACAUCUAUCACUUUUUGGUUACCUCAUUACAAAAACUCAAAUCAAGUUUGCGAGACAUGAUUUUCCAUUCCAUGCUGACUAUCCCUAGUCAAUUCUUGCCUCUCCAAAUGCAUGUAAAUUCUAUCUUGCAUCUUUUCCACUGCAUGCAUUGCACUCUUCAAAAAAAUAUUUUUUCACAAUGACUUUGCUUUGAUAGCAAGUUAAAAAUACAAAUUAUUUUGAAAGAAAUAUAUCAAUAAGCUUUAGACCAUUAUGUUAGGGGUCAGUAGGCAAUCUGUUUAUCUGCUGCCGCUAACUGUGUGUGUAACGAUGAUAAUGGAAGCUCAAUGAAUUGGACUACUUCCCUUCUAUGCUUUUUCAUGUCACUAUUGCAGUCCAAUGCACUGUAUUAACAAAAUUGAAUACAAUUUUUUUUUUUCCAGUUUAAUGAAGCUAUAAGAUAUCUUUGACAAACACACAAUGCUGAAGAAACUCAGCAGGUCUGGCAGCAUCUGUGGAGAGAGAAAUAGAGUUAAUGUUUCAAGUCUGGUAUAAUCCUCAGAAGAUGAGCUGCUGAGUUUCUCCAGCAUUCUGUGUUUCAGAUUUCCAGCAUCCACAGCCUUUUGCCAUAAGAAAAUAUCCUUUGUGUGGAACCAGACCCUUUCAAAAUUUUUUGAUCAGAUCAAAUAGCACCUAAGUGAUGUGAAUGGCGUGGUGUGAUCAUUGCUAUUGAGAAUUAUUUUUUGUGAUCAGGCAGACUUGAUCAUUUGUGAGCAGGAAAGUCAAAGUUUAUCUUAUUGGAAGAAUGUUAUUUGAAAUGAAAUCUGUUUAUCAUGCAUCAAGAAUUAGGUAUUGAGUUAUUAAAUCCUUGUUGGUGUGCCCACCUUUUAUUUACUUCAGUGGUUUGUUUGGUUUCAGUGCAGCUUUAGCAGGAUGAAAGUAUUAACCAUUGUGAACUAAUGCUUUGAGCAUUUGGAGAUAGUCCAGUAAUUCUUAAUUUUCCAUGUCCAUGAAAUACAAAAAAUGUUCUGUUAGAACUAAUGUAUAAAUUGUAUUUUAAAUAGUCAUUUUUAAAUCAGUCUGUAUCUUUGUGUGCACAUUGUAAUUCAUUUCCAAUAACUGUGCUAAUUUAGGUUUCUGUUUUCUUAGGUUAUUUUUUAAAAUCAAAGGUUGUAUUUAUCGAUAUUUUUUUAAAUUAAAAGAGUUAAUAUUAUAUGUUCUGUGUAAGUAGCAUCUCGGGAGUUCAAAGAGGAUCUGACUGGCUUAAAGCAAAUUAAAAUUGUCAAUUUGCUACGGCAAAAACCAUCUGCCAGUGGUUUAGACUAAAUAUGGAAGAUGUGAUCUACAUCAUGGACUCAUCAAUAUUUAGUGUUAAGUUGCUACUAACCACUGGCUAAUUCAUAUUUGACAAUUUGUCUUGAUUGCUGGUGCUGGACAAUCUACCCCACAGACUCUAUAACAUUGGGUGAAGUGCAAACCAGGUUUUGCAAUGUACAGUAGUUGAUUGAAAAUAAUGCAUAUGAUUUUCA